AUGAGUUAAAAGGGAAAAUUGUUUUUAUCAUCAAAAGUUGAUUUAGGUUAUAAAUGUAAUGAGGAAAGCAUUCGUCCUGCAACCACGGCAGCAGCAACAGGAAGUGACUUUUUGUUUGAAAGUAAUGUCCAAUAAAGCACAUGCAAAUCUAUAUUUAUGAAACCUAAUUCAUUACAUACAAUUAGAAAUAUCUUUGAUGAGGUUAACAAUGAAGAGAGGAAGAAAUAUAAAGAUAGUUAAGUUGGUCCAAGAUAUGAGGAUGACAAAAAAGAAAAGAUAGUCAAGUGGUCUAUUGUUGGUAAGGCUGAACAAUUUUUGGCAGUCAGAAAUAAAAACAGAUAGAGAGUUGUAAUUAAAUAAAGAAAACAAGACGGAGAUGAAUCAUUUUCUGAUGAUGUGCCAUCUUCAAAACCUUUUGGGUUAUAGCAAUCUCAAUCUUAAAUGUCUGGAAUGAAUCAAUCUAGAAAGAUUCCAAAGAAACCCAGAGGCGAAUUUAAGAUGUUACCAAGAUAGGAUGCAUUGGUAAAGUUGGUUGAAGCAAGACGCAGAAUUGAAACUGAAAAGAUAGAUAAAAUUAAACAAGAACAAAAACUUCCACUUCAUAUCAGAAAUGCAAUUACCAGAGAUAAAAGGAUAUUGGAAUCCUUUGAUUAGGCCAAAGAGAAGUGGGAAUUUGUAAAUAAUCGAAUUGCCUCCAAUUGUGACAGAUCUCCUAUAGAUACGAUAUUGGUUCGUUCUGAUCAUUACAGAGAUAGAGCAACCCAAUUGAACAUCAUUGAAUCCUAGAAAAAUGAAGAUGAAAAACAUAAUGAUAGACUUUGGUAUCUCAGACUAAGAUGGUAUGAUUGUAAAGAUGACAGACCUCCAUUUUCUUUGAUUACGACUUAGAAACCUAAAAGCAUUCCUAUGACUAGUAGAUUAGUUAAUAGAUACGUAAAAGACUAAAAGGCUGAACAUCUCAGUUAAUAAUAAAAUUUUGUGUUAUCAGACAUAUAGAGUAAUUUCAAUACUAAGGUUAUUGAUAAUCCAUAUUUAUAAGUUGAAAGAGUUUUAACAAAUACAAAACAUUCCAAUUUGUAUAGCAAGAAAUUAGAUGAAUAAUUCAAAGAAAAAAUAAAGGAUAAGCCAAAAAAGAAAUAUGUAGACACUGAUCAAUAUUUGGAACUUGUUGGUGAAAAUGUCUAUCAAAAAGAACUGGAGUUUAUAAUGAAGGAAAAACAAUAGGAAUACCAAUAUUUCGAAGAAAAACCAGAUGAAGAAGAAGUUUAUGUUGAUAAUUGGAAUAAUCAACAACUCGCUAAAAUGGGUUAACCAUUAAUAUAGCACAUCUGA